GAUAUUAUGAGGCAUUCAUUAUCGACAUGUUCGCUGAAAAGUCCUGAAAAAUUGGAAGCGAGGCGCGCGCUGGGAAAGCUUGCUUACUUUUUGCUUUGUUUUUUUGAAUAGAGGCCGGUGAGAGGUGGUGGUGCAGUGUAAUCGACAACAGGCUUCAGCGGUAGCUGCAUACAAUGUUUUAGGGUACACUCCAAUGGACAAAAUAACGUGACGUGUCGCAUCGCUAUCGCCAAAGAUGAAUUUCACCAUCCCCCAAAAUGACACCCUCAUGCUGAACUAUAACAUACUUCCGGGCAACGACUCCAACGAAACACACAAGAACUUUUCGGGAAAGCCCGAGGAUUACAUUCCGUAUAGCGAGAGACCGGAGACCUAUUUCGUCCCGGUCUUGUUCUUCCUCAUUUUUAUUGUGGGCGUCUUGGGAAAUGGGACGCUCGUGGUUAUUUUUCUGAGGCAUCGGACGAUGAGAAAUGUUCCUAACACAUACAUUCUUUCGUUGGCUUUGGCAGAUCUACUUGUUAUUGUGACGAGUGUCCCUUUCACGUCGAUAAUCUACACGGUGGAAUCGUGGCCCUGGGGCGAACUAAUCUGCAAGGUCUCCGAGACUGCCAAAGAUAUUUCAAUUGGAGUGUCGGUAUUCACGCUCACUGCAUUGUCGGCGGAUCGGUUCUUCGCUAUAGUGGAUCCUCUUAAGAAAUUUCACACCACGAGUGGCGGCCGAAAAGCGACGCGAAUAACGCUUUGUAUAGCUAUUUCGAUAUGGAUUUUGGCAAUUCUCUGCGCCGUUCCGGCGGCGGUGGGAUCCCAUUUAAAGGACAUCGAGGGACAAUUCGUCGUCUGCUAUCCUUUUCCGACGCACUGGCUGAACAACAAGUACCCGCAAGUGAUGGUCCUGCUGCGUUUCCUCAUUUUGUACGUCAUCCCGCUUACGAUUAUAGCGGUGUUUUAUUUGAAUAUGGCGAAUCAUCUGAUAGUCAGCACGAAAAACGUCCCCGGGGAGGCUCAGGGAACGCAGAGGCAGAUCCGUGCCAGGAAGAAAGUGGCCAUCACCGUCCUCAUUUUCGUCCUGGUGUUCGCCAUAUGCUUCCUGCCGUCUCACAUGUUCAUGCUGUUUUUCUAUUUCCACCCAAACGCCGGGGAUUUGUACAACGCUUUCUGGCACUACCUCAGAAUAAUAGGUUUCUGCUUGUGCUACCUCAACUCCUGCGCUAAUCCUGUCGCACUUUAUUGGGUCAGCGGAGCUUUCAGGAAACACUUUAACCGUUACCUCCUCUGCAUCAAGCCCAAAAGGUCCCGCUGCAACACCUGUCAAGGGCAGCACCAGGCCACAACCAUGUCGUACGUACCUACCCGUAGAAACCAAUCCGUCUGUAGCCGCAAAAGUCGCGGAGUUUCCAUCAACCGCCGGGACCCCGUCAUCGGCCAAGAGACUUCGAUCACAUUGCUAGGAAACGGAAACGGUCAUGUUUGCAGCAAAAUGUGAGAUAUUUGUGUUGCUAUUGAUAUUACCCACUCUGGCAACAAAACUCCGGCAACCCGGAAAUCCCCUUUGAAUGGUCUGCCUGUGAGUACUUUAAACGGAGCUGUGAGAAGUCGUUCGAAUGAGUGUACAUAGUCAGUGUUAAACUUAAGGGAAAGAAUUACACUUAAUAAACUGAUUGUUAUCUGCAUGUAAAAUAUCGAUGU